CAGAAACAACCCUAGAGUAGAGUGUGUGUGUAGUGCAUACAUAAACGCGCCCAAUUUCACCAGCUUUCCCUCCAUGGUUUUCUGUUUCCCUCCACUCGCUCCCCUCUUCCCUCCUCCAUUUUGAGAUCUAAAUCCAAAUCCCUCCCCCUUUUUCUUCUCACCCUCACCACCUCAUCCUCCACCACCACCAUUCCCUCUUCUUCUCCUCCUCCUUGCUUCUCCCGCCCCUUAACCCCUACUGCUCCCUCCCAGUAGCCGGUGCUAACCCUAGCUUGCUAGCUAGAUUGCUCUCUCUGGUAGUAGUAGAUCCGUGGAGUGGAGAUCUGCCCGCGGAUCGAGCGGCGGCGGCAGAGCACCAGCCGUGUCUGCGGCGCGGUGUGCGCGGGUGUUGCGGAGCGGCGGCUGAGCGGAGGUGUGGGAGGAGGGGGAGUGCUGCGGCUUCCGGGGUGUUAGAUCCGCCGAUCCUGGCGCCGGAGAUGGAUUCCUCGUCGGUCGAGAAGGGGAGUGGGUCGAUAGAUCCGGACGAGCGCACGGCCUCCGGCGAGCCCAAGGCGUGCACCGACUGCCACACCACCAAGACUCCGCUCUGGCGCGGCGGCCCCUCCGGCCCCAAGUCGCUGUGCAACGCGUGCGGGAUCCGGUACCGGAAGAAGAGACGGGAGGCGCUGGGGCUCGACGCCGGCGAGGGCGGCGCGGAGCGGCAGGAGAAGAAGAAGAGCAAGAGGGAGAGAGGGGAGGAGGUGACCAUGGAGCUCCGCAUGGUGGGGUUCGGGAAGGAGGUGGUCCUGAAGCAGCGGCGGCGGAUGCGGCGGAGGAGACGCCUCGGCGAGGAGGAGAAGGCGGCCAUCCUCCUCAUGGCCCUCUCCUCCGGAGUCAUCUACGCCUGAACCACCACCCUACCUACCUACCCACCUAGCAACAGCAAGAGAGAGAGAAGCAGAGGAAAGGAGGCAGCCAUGGGAAAGAGUGAUUUGCUUGCUUAACAUGCAUGAUCUCAACCGGGAGAGACUAGACAGAUCUCUACCCUUUUUUUUCUUCUCCCCUGCUUAGUUUUUCCAGCUAAUUAGUUCGAUCAAAGUGGAAGCCAAGUUAAUAAUGAUGAUGAUGAUGUAGUAGCUGCUGUUCUUCCUGUUACUGUUACUUGUUCUUGCCUAGCUGUAAUGUUACUAGUAGUGUUUUUAGUAGAGCGUGUAACGUUGCAAUGUAAGAAAGAGCUUAUGAUCCAUCUUCUUUCUCUUGUUCUUUGCAAGAGAUUAGCUCCUGGAUCUGCACCAAGUAAUGCAGUUUUUCAGCUGAAGAAUCUUUGCCUC